AUGGGGAGUUCUGUACGAAACUUGCCCGCACUCUUCCGCGGACUCGGUGGAAAGAGAGUCUGCCAGAAGAUGUCUUUCUCACUGAGCGGAUCAACCAAAUCUGAGAUUCUUGUAGAUUGUCAUGGAUCGAAGAAAGUUGUAACACUCAACAGACCAAAGGCUCUCAACGCAUUGAACUUGAAUAUGGUCCGAGAGUUCUAUCCAAAGUUACAAGAAUGGAAUUCCUCGUCGGAUGUUGAUUUGGUCAUUUUGAAAGGAUCCGGUGAUAAAGCAUUCUGUGCUGGUGGAGAUGUUCUUGCUGUUGUUCGAUCAUUCAAAGACGCAGAAAGCGGUAAGAACUGCACAAUGCACAAAGAUUUUUUCCGGGAGGAAUAUAUUUUGAACCAUCUCAUCGGGACUUUCAACAAACAAUAUGUUUGUCUGAUUGAUGGAAUAGUGAUGGGAGGUGGCUGCGGUCUUUCUGUGAAUGGCCGAUUCCGUGUGGCUACGGAAAAUACAAUGCUCGCAAUGCCAGAAACUGCUCUCGGCCUUUUCCCUGACGUAGGUGGUUCAUACUUCCUUUCUCGACUGAAAGGAAAUCUUGGAAUGUACUUGGCACUCUCUGGAUAUCGUCUUCUUGGAGCUGAUGCAUUUCACGCUGGACUCGCAACUCAUUUUGUUGAGUCUUCUGCGCUCGCGAAAUUGGAGAACGAGCUUGUGAAUAUGAAAGAUGUCAACGAAAAUGCAGUCGACGAAGUCAUCCGCUCUUUCGAGCCAAAGAAAAUUCCGGAUUUCAGUCUUUCGAAGAAUCUUGCUCAAAUCAGAGAUUCGUUUGGGGCAAAGAGCGUCGAAGAAAUUCUCUUGAGCCUCGAAAAAGACGGAUCCGACUGGGCGAAGAAACAAGCAGCAACUCUUGGAAAGAUGAGCCCAACCUCUUUGAAAGUCACUCAUCGGCAAAUCACAGAGGGAAGCAAAAUGAAUUACGCCAAGAUCUUCACCAUGGAAUAUCGUUUGACACAAAGAUUCCUCGCUGACAAAGACUUCCAUGAAGGGUGUCGAGCUAUUCUUAUUGACAAAGAUCGCAAGCCAAAAUGGAAUCCAGCAACGUUGUCAGAAGUGAAGGAAUCGACUAUCGAUCACUACUUCUCACCGUUGCCAAACAAUGCAGAUUUGAAGCUGUAA